CGUUGUUGUUCGUGUUGCCGGUAAAUAAAGUUCGUAAAUUUCGGAGAGAAGGAGAGAGAUGUACUGGGACACUAUCAUCAAACCUGGAGACAGAAACACAGACAGCAAAGACUCGAAAAUAAAGAUGGAGAUUUGCCAGACUGGAUAUUACACAGAGGACUUCAGGACACAGGAAGUACCAGCUGGCUUUGACUUUGCAUCUUAUGACUACCCUGGUGAAGACCUGUCUUUUCUGUUAGACAGUAAAGCUCCUGGACAGCAGCAGUACGUCGCAGAGAGCAGCUACCCAGAGCCACCCAAAGCCUCUCACCCAUACGACACUAAAGUGAGCACCAGUGAUAAUUCCCUCUUCAACCUGGACUCAUACCAGGAGUUUAACUGGUGGGCCUCAUAUCCACAUGAUGGGCUGACGGUAGACCAGUCACAAACUGGAUACCAGGAGUCUCCACAGACGUACCAGAGCCUGGUGCCCCAAAAUGGACAGUUCAGCCCAGCCAUGGAGGGCAGCCACAGCCCCUUUCUAACUUCAAAAGGAUCAAAUGCAUUACAAGGUGAGACGGAUCAGAGCUACUCGUGUCACUCGGCUGAACUGUUCGACUCUGACAGACAGAGGCAGCCGUCGUCUUUCUGGCCUGAAUAUUCCUCUCCCAGCUUCAGCGCCCCCCUACCACACCCGCCUUCGACCUCCUGCCCAUCAACCCACGGUCCUCAGUCCUCAGAGCAGUACUGCCCCCGUGUGGUCAAACGCAAAAACACACACCCUCAGAGACCAGACAGGGAGGGCCAGAUGACAGGGAUGUCUGCUUAUCCAGGUUCAGGUCCAAUCCAGUUGUGGCAGUUUUUGCUGGAGCUUCUUCUGGACUCUGCCUGUCGUACCUUCAUCUCCUGGACAGGAGACGGCUGGGAGUUUAAGAUGUCCGACCCCACAGAGGUGGCUAAACGCUGGGGCCAGUGCAAGAACAAACCCAAGAUGAACUACGAGAAGUUGAGUCGCGGCCUGCGUUACUACUACCACAAGAACAUCAUCCACAAGACGGCGGGCAAGCGCUACGUCUACCGCUUUGUCUGUGACAUACAGGGCAUGCUGGGAAAGACGGCGCAGGAGGUCCUGACCAGUCUCAACGUUUUGCCCACAAACACUGAGUCAUGGCAGUCAUGCCCUGGGGUACCUGUAGCAGCAGGGACGUCGGAGCACAGCAGUGAAACAUGGGCGUCACAGUAGGGAACAGGUGCCAGGACUCUUGGUGCUGCUGGCAGAGAGCAACCAGCACAUUUUAAUAAAGUACUACAGCCCACAAAGGGAACACUGCCUCCUCCAGUCCUGGCUGAACCACAGUGUCUUCAUGGGCUGAUGCUGUUGCAGGCAGAUGAGGAGCCAGUGUAUAGAUGUAUGGAGAUAGAUUUGUCCCAAUUUCAUUUGAGCGAAAAGAUCGACAAUCUGUGUGUUAAUGUGCUGGUGAAGAUUCAUCCAGGUCAUAGUAAUCCUAAAUGCUAUAUUGUAGGCAACUGGACAUGUUUGACUUUCUUAAAGACAUUUCACCUCUCAUCCAAAAGGCUUCUUCUGUUCUGAAGAAGAAUAUGGCACUCAGGGUCGCGUGUCAGUGUGUAAUCGGUAAAUAUUAAACACCUUCCACAAAUACAAAAAACAUUUUUAAAUCUCCAAGUCUUUUGCAGAUGUAAAACAGAUCUGCAUAUAUCUCCGAAUCUUUGAAUACACUGAAUUCAUUUACAAAUAAAUGAAAAACAUUUGUGAAUGUCUUACAUUUACAACUUGCGAACAGAUAUUUGUGAAUCCAGUUUUUUUUAAACAAUCUUUUUUAUUGAGUUUUUAAACAUUAAACGUGAACAGUAACAUUUUAACAAAGAAAAUAAGUAUAAUUUCCCCAACCCUCGCAAGAAAAAAAUAAAAUAAAUAAUUAAUAAAAAUAAUGAUGAUCAUAAAAGUACAUAAAUACAUAAAAGAAAUAAUAACAAAAGUAUAAUCACAGCAGUACAUAAUUUGCAGAAAGCUUAAAAUUAUUCAAAGUGAAUCCAGUUUUUAUUUGUGGAUCUAAAUUCUGCACUUGCAGAGUUUUUGGUUUUUUUUUUUAAAUUUUUAAAUUUUUAAAAUUUUUGGUAUUUGUAUAUUUUUAGCUGUGUUUUAUAUUUGCUAAAUAUUUUGUGAGUUCACAUUUUUUUUAUGUUUGUGGAAGUUUUUUAUAUAUACACGUUUACACACAGACUGUCAAUCACACACAAAAAAUGAGACAAAUCUAUCACCAUAUAAAUGCAACAUUUCAGGGAAAGAAAUACCCAAAAACUCAUAAAUGUAUGCAGGCAGUCUUUACAAACACGUUCUCUGAAAUAAUAGAUCAUAUUAAAUGAAAGUCUUCCGAUACCUGUCAGAUAACUCCUUAACCUCAGGGCUAAAUAACUGCAGCAAAGGGGCAUUUCAAGCACUAUAAAUAGAUAUUUUUUUGCAACAUCAGGGGCCAUAUUUUCAUUUGAUGUGUUUCUAAGAAGAAAUAGAUUUGUAAAUAGUGUUUAUAUGAUCGCUGUAUAGAGUUUUGUGCAUUUAUAUUAUUAUUUUUUUAAAUACAAAACUCAUGUCUACCUCUUGCUAAUUGGAAUAAUGUAAACUGAGAAUAUUUUCAGGUGCUCACUGUGAAAGUUUC